CACAACGAUGCGUUCGCUGUCAAAAGUCAUAUUGGGAUUGUCGUUGCUGGUGCUGCUUUUAACGGCCAGCAUUGAGGCAAGAAGGAGAAGGAAAAAGGUGCAUAAGAUCAGCUUGAAUCGGGACACAGAUCAUGCAAAGUUGCUAAAGAAUUUGCAAACCCAGACGACAGCCUUGAAAACCAAACUCAAUGUGGCAAGUACAGCAAAUGCCACGGCAAGUUCCAGCUCAAGCUCAAGCUCCAGCUCUAGUUCUAGUUCUAAUGGAAUUGAAGCCUUGAUUAAUGCCUAUAAUACGGAAUAUUCUGGCAACAUUACCAUAGGUAGCCAAUCCUUCAAAAUUCUCCUGGAUACGGCUUCAGCAAAUCUCUGGGUACCUUCGUCGCAGUGCACUGAUAGUGUUUGCCUGAAGCACAAUCGCUACAAUUCAAGCAAAUCGACGACCUAUGUGGCCAAUGGAACAUCGUUUCAAAUACAAUACGCCACAGAAGGAAGCAAUCAGGUGAUACUCUCGGGGUUUCUCUCCACUGAUACGCUAGGAAUUGGUGGACUUAAGGUUAAAUCGCAAACCUUUUCGGAAAUCACUUCGCUGCCGACAAGUGUGUUCAAUAAAUCGAAUUUCGAUGGAAUCUUGGGCUUAGGUUUCCCCAAUAUAGCCAUCGAUGGUGUAACUCCACCCAUUCAGAAUCUAAUCGCUCAGAAACUAAUUGAUGAACCAAUAUUUGCUCUGAUCUUAAAUCGGAAUGGCUCUGCAUCUAGUGCUAGUAAUGGCGGACAACUUAUAUUGGGUGGCACUGAUCCUACCUUAUAUAGCGGUUGCCUCACCUACGUGCCACUCUCUCAAGUCGGCUAUUGGCAGUUCACUGUCACGAGCAUUGUCUUGGGCUCCAAUGGCAAAUCUCUGUGCUCCCAAUGUGAGGCCAUUCUCGAUGUGGGCACUUCUCUAAUUGUGGCCCCCUCUGCUGCUUUGGCCACAAUUAAUCAGCAAUUGGGAAUAACAGCGGCUAAUCUACUCAAUGGUAUCUAUACUAUCGACUGUAAUAAGACUUCAACUCUGCCGGAUCUUAUACUGACCAUAGCACGAAAGGAUUUCGUUUUGCCCGCUUCCAGUUAUAUUCUUCAAUAUGGUAGCACUUGUGUCUCCGGAUUCACCAGUCUCCACGAAGGUGGUCAGGAUGUCAGCAGUGUGGAUGGUGUGGACUAUAGCAACCUCUGGAUAUUGGGCGAUGUCUUUUUGGGAUCCUUCUAUGUGGAAUUCGAUGUGGGCUAUAAACGUGUAGCUCUAGCUCCAAAAGUGUCAAAUUAAGUAUUCAACUUUUUCGUCUAUAUGUAAACAAAAUUCAGUAAUAUUUGUCCAUAAAAAUAAUUAUUCAAAUAUUGAAAUAAAAAUCAUGAUUUCUGUACAAAUUUAUAUUCUUUAA